AUGUGGUGGGGUGAACGUGGUGACGUCGAGCACGCGGUGGCACAGCUUGGAGGCGUUCAAUGGUGUUCAGAAGGCGUUAAUGCCCGUGUAGACAGUGAGCUUCUUGAGGAUGAGAUGUUGAGCUCUUGCAGACAGGAGACAGCUGAUUAUGACGUUAUGGAUCUUUUACAUCCUUCACAGGAGCUACGAGUGCCGUCCGAGGAGCAAACAUCGAGGUUGUGCAGAUCAGAGGCAUGUGUUGCUUGGUUGAAGAUGGCUGUAGAAGCGCAGUGGCUGCCUGAGUGCAAAUAUCGACAAUCACAGACAACUUUUCGCUCAUUGGCAGAGACGUUGCUUCGGAUCCGAGGGAACUUGGUGGAUACAUUUGUGGAAGGAGUAGUUGUGGCUCCGAACGCGAGCUUAUUUCGUGAAUUUUAUGAGCUGAACCAGCUCGCCAAUUUGCUUAGUGCAAAGAAGGAGGGCUUGUUGAAUGAAAAAGAGUCACCGAUUCCGCACGUUGCUAGACAGAUGACAGCAAUAGAAGACGCCAGGUCGGCGGGAUCAAAGGACGACUUGCAGUCCACCGCUGUAGUGGAGCCUCCAAAAAAGUACAGCGGCACUAGUACCUCUGGCACAUUUAGCACUCCCAGCAGCGGCUCAAUUACACCCAGCGGCUCUGCCAAUCUCAGUAGCUCUACUACCGCCAGCAACUCAAGCAGUGUCGAAAAAAUUUCGUCCGGCAGUGACAUUAAUUCGAGCGAUGCUGCCGGCUUCACAAAUAGUGCCGACGGUCCGCACGCUUCUUCGACCGUCACAACUACAGAGCUCACGCCAUCAUAUGCUUACGUCAUUGGCGCCUGGAUCCUAUUUAACGGCAGCUUUUUUCUUUUGAUGCGAAGAAAGUGA